AUGCCGUCUGCUCGACGCCCGUCAACUUCUUCUGGGGCUUUCCCUUCAAGCACAAGUCCAAGCCCGGUCAGCGCGUCAACAGAUGGUGGCUCCUUUCUCCCUUCCCCUCGAACGAUCCAAAAGCGGCAUUCGGACCAUAAUCUAUCCACCGUGACAGUACCUCCUCGACCGCCCCGAAAUCCCGCCCGGGAGACCAAACCCAAAGCCAAGUUACGACCGUCAACCGCAACUGGGACUCCCUCACGCGACCAGGACGCGCCAUGGGAAGCCUUUCCCUCAACUUCUGCAAAACCGAUGGAAACAAUAACGAGUGGCGGCAAGAGGGCAGAUAUACUGCCAUGGGAGUACACAGCAACGGGAAAAGUAGAAGAUGUGUUGCCCUGGGAGACAGAGCACGAUCCACCCCCCACUAAACCUGUCGUCAAUGGCAUUCACCCCUCCACUAACCAUCCUCGUCAUGCAAGCACAUCUCAUUUCUAUCAUACGCGUUCGUCUAUCUCCUCGUCAAUCCAUGACAUGGCUCUUCUCCGUCGACGCAAGAGUACUGGCGCUAAAGCCUUCCCUCAUGUGAACGGGGCUUCUUCACCUCGAAUUACACCCUCCAAUCCCACUAAAUCACCGACAUCAUCUCCCAAAGUCCUGCACAAAACUCCAUCGGCAUCGACCGUGCGACCUUUAUUGCCAAAGUCAGCUAGCGGGACAGUUCCUACCCUCUCCACUCUCGAAUUGCCUCCUCCCGCGGUCUCCCAGCCAUCACCACAGUCCCCAGACCAAGCGUCGUCAUCCGAUCCAAAAUUUUCAACUGCUGAUCGGACGAUUCUCAAAGAGCUCAAGCGCAAUAUUAAUGCCCGAGCCGCGCAAUUCAUAAUCAAAGGCGGCCCGGCGGAAAGUGGCCGAGCUAUUGUGACUGGCGCAAAACACCACGCGUAUAACCGCGACGAAGUUCCUUAUCCGCGAAGUUAUGCCCGCGAGGUCCUCGAUUUAGACAUAUGGGAAACGAUGCUGUGUCAGACAAUAUGCGAGAGUGUUACCUGGCAUGUCUUUGAGACGCCACCCACACGAGUUCUCGACAUUGGUUGUGGCACUGGCACGUGGAUUCUAAAUUGCGGGAAAGCUUGGAGGGUACACAAUGUCAAUUCGUUGGUAUGGGUUAUAUGGGCCGCAACAUCGCAGGCGAUUAUUCCACGUGAAUUCAUACCACUCACAGGUCUCGACGUCGUUCCGCUACACCCUAAUCUCGGCGCCUCUGAGCUGGCUUCCCGGAUAACAUGGGUCCAAGCUAAUUUUUUGGAAGGUCUUCCGUUCCCCAAUGAAGAGUUUGACUUCGUGCACAUCAAACGAAUAGCGCUGGGCGUUCCCGAGGACAAGUGGGAUGGAUUGUUCGAGGAGAUUGCACGGAUUUUGAAGCCGGGCGGCGCAUUCGAGUUAAUCGAAGAGGAUCUUUUCUUUCCGGGCAAGCCUGCAGACGAUGACACAGACUCAGAAGAGGAGACUCUCUCUGAGAUUCGUUACGCCCGAAGGAACUCGUCGACAUCAGACGCAGAAGAGGAUAACGACUCGAUUUUAACUACCUCCGGUGGCUCGCGUAAAUCUAACGAGACUCCCAACACCAGUCUUGGAGCGAUGCCGCCAACUCCGCCGCGAACCGCAUCUCCACUCCCUAUCGCUAGCAUCCAGGCAGAGGUAAUAGAAGAAGAGUCGAGUCCGCCGUCCACAAAGCCGACUCUGGUGUCUUCUCCUGCUCAUCCAACCUCAUAUCGUCACUCGUCAUAUCAACCUCGGAUACCCUCCGCUCCUAGCAGUUCUAGACCAACGACAAGUUCCUCGACAGCAUCGCUACACGCAGCACCCGCUUCUCCUGACCCGAAGAGAAAAUCACGAGGUUAUUCUACUUCGACCCUUGUUUCGUCAACAAACCAGCAUCCUUCGAUAUUGGCGCCGCAAACUAACAUCUCCGCUGGGGGUACAGCGAAGCCGGCGAUCUCUCCGUUUUUAUUGCGCACUUUACCCAAAGCGCCUCUGAACCCAAGGGAUCACUCCUUGUUGGAGAAGAUUUAUAACGAGAUGAAUGCGGCCAGGUUUAUCAACCUUUCUCCGCUCUCGUUGCUCGCCAACUUGGUCGGUCUUUAUUUCAAAGAUGUCCGCACCCACCCACCCCUCAAUAUGAUGUUCCCUCCACCGGCAACACAACAUCCCGAAGAGGAUCCUACAAGCAGCGACGAUGACACGGACUCAGAUGGGGCACGUGACGCGAUCAUUCCGCGACCAAAUAGGCGGCAAUCCGUGUUAUCUACUGCGGCCCCCCCAAAUAGCCCUCGUAGUAUGACCACAUUCAGUGAUGGGACCCCCAUUUCUGACGAGCAUCGAUGGCUACAUACUAGCGACUUGAUAAAGCGGGAAUCCCGAUACAUUUCGCUGGACGAGUCGCGACCAAAUGCGUUCUCGCCCUCUGCGCGUUCGUCGUUUCCCGCCCUGUCUCCUCUGAGGCCACUAUCUGGACUCCCGGCUGUUGACGUUCCGGAAAGUUCUAGUGUGGGAGGCAUCCCUUCCAGUUUGGCCAAUCGUGCCCCAACAGGUGGGAGCCGGAAUCGACUGCCCAACCAAACUUUAAACAUAGACAUGCGCAGUCUCAAUAUGCAUCUGGCGCUCAGGACAGCUGAGGUCGUUGCGUGCGCUGAGUCAAUGUGGGAAUGGGUUCAGUCUUACCAGAAGACUGCCACCACACGGGUGGGGGGUCGCCAACGGGCUGGUUCGCUUGCCAGUGAGAUGACACCGCGAUCGUCUCGAAUACCCGUUCUUCCACCCGAUCCAGAGGUGGACGCCUUCAAGAAGGCUCUGCUCGAACUAAGCAGGGAGGACUUUGACGCGCUUCUGGUGAGAUUUGACCUGUACGUUGAUCUUUCAUUUCAUCACCAUCUGUCCACUAAUCUAAACUUGAGGGAUAUGCAAGACCAUAUGGCUAUCGGGUCAACAUUAAGGGACCAUUUUUCAUGGUCCUGCGUGCCUUUGGCUCCCUCCCCAGAGCGCAAAGCCUUUAAUGCGGCGUGCGAGAGGUGGGACCAGUGGCAGGAGCAGCAACGGCGUAAACUGAGGCGACCGUUCAGCCACCAGUCUCGAAACUCAACUGAUGCCACCAUUGAAAGCAUGAUGGCGCGAGGGCGAAGCUCUUGGCCUGACCCACCUACCACUGCCACGUCUGCUCCCUCUCGCCGGUCAAGCACGACUUCAUCGAGUGCAGUACCUCCCGAUGGCAGAUUAAGCCGUUCCUUCCGUGUCUUUGCGGCGUGGAAAGCCUGA